AUGCCAGGCGAUUAUGUUGAUCGUGUUAUUGAACGACUUCGUUUAAAAAAUGCUGAUGAAAAAGAAUUUCUUGAAGUUGCUGAAGAAGUACUUCGAAGUCUUCGACCUGUAAUUGCAAAACAUCCAGAAUAUGAAAAAAUGGCUUUACUCGAACGUUUUACAGAACCAGAACGUGUUAUUAUCUUUCGAGUACCAUGGGAAGAUGAUCAUGGUCAAAUGCAUGUAAAUCGUGGUUAUCGUGUUCAAUUCAAUGGUGCCAUUGGGCCAUUCAAAGGUGGAUUACGUUUUCAUCCAAGUGUGUAUUUGGGUAUUAUUAAAUUUUUGGGUUUUGAACAAAUUUUAAAAAACUCAUUAACUGGUUUACCAAUUGGAGGUGGUAAAGGUGGUUCAGAUUUUGAUCCACAAGGUAAAUCCGAUGCUGAAGUUCUUCGUUUUUGUCAAAGUUUUAUGAACGAACUUUAUCGACAUAUUGGACCUGAUGUUGAUGUACCAGCUGGUGAUAUUGGUGUUGGCAGUCGAGAAAUUGGUUAUCUUUUUGGACAAUAUCGUCGAGUUCGUGGUGCUUUUGAAAAUGGUGUUUUAACAGGCAAAGGUUUAGCAUAUGGUGGUAGUUAUAUUCGUAGUGAAGCUACAGGUUUUGGUGCUAUGUACUACGCCGAAGAAGUACUCAAAGAAAAAGGUGAUACAUUCAAAGGCAAAGUUAUUAUUUUAUCAGGCUAUGGAAAUGUAGCAUGGGGUGUUUGUCUUAAAGCUCGUGAACUUGGAGCAAAAGUUAUUUCAAUAUCAGGUCGUGCUGGUUAUGUACAUGAUCCUGAAGGAAUUGUUACAGAUGAAAAAAUUGAUUUUCUUUUACGUAUUCGAUCAUGUAAUGAUGUUAAAUUAGAAGAUUAUGCCAAAAAAUUUGGUGCUAAAUUUUAUCCAAAAGAAAAACCAUGGCAUUUAAAAGGUGAUAUUGCUUUUCCAUCUGCAACAGAAAAUGAAAUUGCCCUUGAAGACGCUAAAGUAUUAGCCAGUAAUGGUGUUAAAUUUGUUUUUGAAGGUGCUAAUUUUCCAACAACACCUGAUGCUAUGGAAUAUUUCAAGAAGAAUGGUGUUAUUCUUGGACCAGCUAUAGCUGCAAAUGCAGGCGGUGUUGCUGUAUCAGAACUUGAAAUGUCACAAAAUUCUACACGUUUAUUAUGGACAAAAGAAAAAGUUGACGCUAACCUCAAGGAAAUUAUGGUUAAUAUUCAUAAAAAAUCCAAAGAAGCUGCAGAAAGAUAUGGACUUGGCUAUGAUCUUGUUGCUGGUGCUAAUAUUGCUGGAUUUGAGAAAGUAGCUGAAGCAAUGAUUGCUCAAGGCACAUAUUAA